UUACAUAAAGUAAUGUUGGCUAUUCUGCAAAGUGCGAACGUAACCAAACAUCGAGUUUUUGACGGGCGGCGAAGGUGAUUCGCGACGCAUAAUUUUUGUAUUGUUAAUUUGAUUCUGACGUGAAAAAAAAGGGGUAGCAGAUGAGAUGUGUCGCUCAAGCGUGAAUAUUCACGAUGCGUUGGCGCGUCUCGGACAGUUUUGACGAACGGGCAUGGGACAAGAAACGAGAAGCAUUCCGACUGAAGAAUCACACGCCUGACUUGUUGUCGCAUUCGAACAACAACAACAACAACAACGAAAACGACAACGUCAACGACAGGGUGCCGAUUUUCUUGAGGCGGCCCGCGCGUACGCCACGUCGAUUUAGAGUAACGUUUUCAACGAUAUUGCGCGAUCAUCAUGACGCCGCGGCUGGCUCGGGAGAAGCACGUCAAGUACUUCCAAAGAUUACUGCAGGUCAUGCCCAGCAGCCUGGCGGACUUUGACUCCACCAGGCCGAUGAUAGCGUACUUCGCCUUCUCCGGCUUGGAUCUGCUGAAUUCGCUCGACGAGAUCGAAGAGCGGGCCAAGUCACAGGCGAUCGAUUGGAUCUAUCGGCUCCAGGUCGAGGAUGCCGGUCCACGUUCCGGCUUCCAGUCGUCCACGACGAUACCGAGAGACAUACCCGAUUACCAGUGCGGUCACUUGGCGAUGACCUACACCAGUCUGGUGACUCUCUUGAUUCUCGGCGACGAUCUCGGUCGCGUGGACAGACAGUCCAUCGUCCAGGGGGUCCGCGCCUGUCAGAAUCCCGAUGGAUCUUUCACGGCCAUGGUAACCGGGUGCGAGAGCGACAUGAGAUUUCUCUAUUGCGCCUCCUGCGUCUCUGCAAUUCUGGAUAAUUGGUCGGGCAUGGAUAUUCCAAGGGCAAUCGACUACAUUUUGCGAAGCAUCUCGUACGACGGCGGUAUUGGGCAAGGACCGGGCCUUGAAUCUCACGGAGGCUCCACGUUCUGCGCCGUGGCGAGUUUGUUUCUGAUGAGAGAGCACAUUAACGUAUUGGACGUGUUGACGUGGGAUCGUUUAGCUCGGUUAAAGCGUUGGUGCCUUAUGAGACAGGACAGUGGAUUUAACGGCAGGCCUGGAAAGCCGUCCGAUACGUGUUACAGUUUCUGGGUUGGCGCUACGCUCGAGCUGCUGGAGUUCCUCAAUUUCUCAAACGCCGAGGAGAAUAAAACGUUUAUCCUUAAUACGCAAGACACGCUCGUCGGAGGAUUGGCGAAGUUUGAUAAUACUCGGCCUGAUCCUUUGCAUACAUAUUUAGGUCUGUGCGGCUUAAGUCUCUUGGGACAUCCUGAUCUGUGUUCGAUAAACCCCGAACUUAAUAUUUCCCAACGAGCUUACGAGCAUCUACAACGGAUUCAUAAAAAGUGGCGGAGCGAAUGAUUUCGGUGUAUAGACAUUCGUGGGGCUAGCGAUCAUAUCAGAAACGCACAGUACUUAGUACACCAGAUCAGAUACUUUUUACAUUCGAUACUCGCCCGUUCGCAUUUCAUCGCAUUCUCUGUGCUAAAAAAUCCUCAUUCUAAAGAUGUCAAUUAAUACUGCUACAAUAAUCACGAAAUGGACAGUAAUGUUUUGUUUAUUAUUUGGGACUGCUUGUUGAAUGCUUGUUAUACAUAUAUGUAAAGUAUAUGUGUUAAAGGAUAUAGAUAUUAUAUACAUAUAUAGAUACAUUCAUAGA